AAUAAAAACACUCCCCCUGCUUUUCUAGCUGAGAACUGAGGACACAACAUAUUGCUAAAGCUUUGAAACACACAUCUUGAAGCUUUUCAACUUCAAAAAUGGCUUCUUUUCAACGGAAAAUUCCUAACCGGCCAACGUUUUCCACCAACACUCCCCAUUUCUUAAAGAUUAUCUCAAAGGGUACUUGUAAACAGAGCAAACUUAGGAUUCCCAAUAAAUUUUUGAUGAAAUAUGGAUAUGAUCUAUCAAAUCCAGUAUUUCUUAAGCUUCCAAGUGGUUCAGAAUGGAAAAUUGAACUCAGAAGAUGGGAAGACGAGGCCUGGUUGGACAAGGGUUGGCCAAAGUUCUCUACGUUUUACUCUCUAGACUACUGUCACUCGUUAGUUUUUGGCUAUGAAGGGAAGUCCAAAUUCUGCGUUCACAUAUUUGACCGAAACUUCACAGAGAUUGCCUAUCCAUUAACAAUGCCCGAGAUGAAAGAAACCGAUGAAGUUGAUGAUUCUGAAUCUGAAUCUGAAUCUGAUGAUGAUUUUAGUGAUGAUUCUGUUGAAAUCUUGGACAACUUUCUACCCCACUCAAGAAAAUCAAGUUCAAGUGGAAAAUCUGAGUUUCCUGCCAAAAGACAUUGCAGUGGCAUGUCUACCACUCGAAGAGUCGUAAAACGAACUGGAAGUGCAAAAGUUAUAGCUCUUCAGAGAGCUAAGGCUUUCAAAUCUGACAAACCUUCUUUCAUAGUUCCCAUGACGCGAUCUUAUACCAAUCGGUCUUUUGUGUGGUUGCCAUCCGAUUUUUCCUUCCAUAUGACACGUCUUAGUAACAAUUCUGGUAACGUUAUGUUUCGGGUUUUGGAUGGGAGAACUUGGUCUCUUGGAUUGAAAUGUGAAAGGGCAAAACGAAAAGCCAGAUUCCAGUCUGGUUGGUUUAAAUUUGUGCGAGACAAUAAUUUGAAAAUUGGUGAUGUAUGUGUGUUUGUGUUGGUUGACGACAUUAGACUUACUUUUGAAGUUGUCAUUUUCCGUGCCAUAGAAGCUGCAAACACCUUGUCACCGGAUGUUGAUGGGGAACAAACAAUGUCCGAGAUGGAAGAAACUGAUGAAGAUUAUGAUUCUGUUGAACUCUUGGACGAUUUUCCACCAUGCCCGAAAACAAAGCCCAGCAAGAAAAACAGAACAUGUUCGAUUAGUACAGCAGAAAAUAACAACAAAAGUGUCGGUGGCUCGUCUAGGACUCAAAAAUUUCUAAAACGAAGACCUCAGGUUCCUAGGAUGUUGAAUCCAGUUACGGAAAGCGGAACAGAUAGAGCUCUUCAGAGAGCAAAGGCUUUCAGAUCAGAAUACCCUUCUUCCACGGUUGUUAUGCAUCCCUCAUAUAUCCAUGCACGUUAUUUGAAUAUAGGAGCCAAGUUCAUCAAGAAACAUCUUCUUAACCGGAGUCGUGAUAAUGCCAUCCUUCGUGUUUCGGAUGGAAGAACUUGGCCUGUCUCAUUAGGCCAACAAGGCAAAGGUGUCAGAUUUCAGACUGGUUGGAUGAAAUUUGUGCAAGACAAUCAGUUGGAAAUCGGAGAUGUGUGUGUCUUUGUGUUGAGUAAUGACAUCAAACGUUUAAUUGAUGUUGUCCUUUUCCGCGCUAAAUAAGCAGCAAAGUGCACCUUGUCAGGGGAAGGCAACUGAAGUCCGAGGAUCAGUUCAAGUCGAAAAAUUAAAAGAGAAGCCUGAUGGAUGAAGCAAUGGAAGCUGAAUAUUUUGUUAUGAAUCCACUAGUACUGCCAAGUCCUAUCUGAAUAUUGAAGGCAGAGGACGCCUGAAAAUUCAAAGAUGUUCUAACAUAAGAACUGAUAUUACCACUAUAUGCUUAUAUAUUUGCCUUCCAUUGUUGUUUUGAUUACCUUAGAAAGGGAACAAUCUACGAAUCUCUUUUGUUGUUUUGAAUUUCAA